GAGAGUGAACACCUUAACAACUUCCUCCACCAACGGGGCAAGACGGGCAUGGACCGAGCGCUGAACCCACACAAAGCUGCACAUUCUUCUCAGGAGCACCAGGACCACUCGCCGAGACAGACCGUGUACUGGGCCAUGGAAUGAGUCUGGAUAUGCUUAAAACGACUGGAACCCACCAGCAUUUGCAUCCGCCCUGGCCACAAACCCUCCUCUCUGGGUGCAGGUGGUGAGAGCUCGGAAGGGACAGGGUUGCAUUCAGCGGCGACAGGCAGGAACUGCCUGCAAUUAUACGGACCUGAGCGCAACAAUGUGAGACAGCGCGACGGCGGGGCAAGAUUGUGAGACACGCGGACGCGGAACGCAGACAGGUCUCGACCCCCUAGUGGUGACGUCAGAGGAGAGGCGUGUCAGCGGGGAGGCGUCCCCCGCUUUCUGGCUGGGGUAACUGGGUGAUGAUUCGGAUUCCCAAUAAUUUAAACAAAGCACAGGCCCCGAAACAAGAAGUAUCGCUCCACUUAUCUGCCCUCUCAAGCCCCGCCCGGUUACCAAACGCUUUGGAGGGGAAUCCACAGACCCAAGCGGCCGUAGAGCGCGCCACGGCCUUCGGAGGAAAGGAAGUAGAUUUUACGGCGAGCCGUAAAGUAGGGUCUACGGUGAGCUGUAAAGCACGUUCCCUUCCGGUUCACGACAGCAGUCCCGACCGUCUCUGCGGGCCUUCCUCCGGUAAGCACCUCUGCCGACCCUCGCGAAUUCCGUUCUUUGCUCUCUCGGGCCUUUCCCUACUGUCGCCCCCGCCACCUUGGAUCAUGUUCAAGAAAUUUGAUGAAAAAGAAAACGUGUCCAACUGCAUCCAGUUGAAAACGUCAGUUAUUAAGGGUAUUAAGAACCAGUUGAUAGAACAGUUUCCGGGCAUUGAACCAUGGCUUAAUCAAAUCAUGCCUAAGAAAGAUCCGGUUAAAAUAGUGCGGUGCCACGAGCAUAUAGAAAUCCUUACGGUAAACGGAGAGUUACUGUUUUUUCGACAGAGGGAAGGGCCUUUUUAUCCAACUCUAAGGCUACUACACAAAUACCCAUUUAUCCUGCCACGACAGCAAGUUGAUAAAGGAGCCAUCAAAUUUGUGCUCAGUGGCGCCAAUAUCAUGUGUCCAGGCUUAACCUCGCCUGGAGCCAAGCUUUACCCUGCUGCAGCGGAUACUGUUGUUGCAAUCAUGGCAGAAGGAAAACAGCAUGCCCUGUGUGUUGGCGUUAUGAAGAUGUCUGCGGAAGAUAUCGAGAAAGUGAACAAAGGGAUUGGCAUUGAAAAUAUCCAUUAUUUAAAUGAUGGGCUGUGGCAUAUGAAGACAUAUAAGUGAGCCUCAGAAGGAAAACACUUGGGCUAAAUAUGGACAUUGUGCUGUGUCUGUGUUUGUGUCUGUGUGUGACAGCAUGAAGACAAUACUUCUAUGGUUAUGCUGAAUAAAUUCAGCAGUUGCUACAAAAACAAAAAAGUAAAGAUUUGGAACGAGU